ACAGAUGAUCAUCUCAAAUCGUAUAUACUGAAAAAAGCAUGAUCAAUAAAUUCAAAAUAUACACAACUUCAACAGCCUGAGAAAUUGUUCAAACGGAAGAGAAGAGAAGAGACGACGAUGCUGGGUUGGUUCAGAAACCGCAACAAUUUGAGAUUUACCAAGGAUAAGCCGCCGGAACAUUCCCGCUGCGACCUCUGCUAUCAUGACUUCCACUUUCCAUGCCGGACUAACUGUGGCCAUUGGCUUUGCGGCACCUGUGUUCUUCGACAUUCGAUACUACUCAUGGAUGAUUUCCGAAAAUUCAAGUGUCCUACGGUUAUGUGUGAAUCCCAGGUAUAUAAUCUUGUUCCCCAUUCACCUGUGCUGACUCAACCAGGAAGAGGAGUUGCUGAGGUCCUCGGAGAGAUCCUGCAAUUUAAUCGUGAACAUAAGAAAGAGGUAGAUCUGCUCCAGACCUUGAGAGGAAUGCCGGAUUUUAUGUUUGACAAUUUGCAUUCUGUUUAUACGCUGAUACAAUAUGCUGACACAGUAUAUGACUUCCGUUUGUGGCCAAAUGGUAUGUUCCUCUUUGCUUGAGGACUGAGAAGGGAUUGAAUUCCGUCUAGUUCAAAUGCUGAGAUGUGCUCUGCUUGUAUCUGGUACUGUUUUCAUGUAUAGGCGGCGUAUACGGGAAUAUUUGAGGCAUUUGACGGGAUAGAAUGGAGAUCGGUAAUGGAUUCUGUUGCUGGAAAAUGUGUUUUUGAGCAAGAUUUCCAGAAGGAUGCUACCUAUGUUUUUGUGAAAUGUCUUGCUAUGCUGAUGGAGAAUGAAAACCAUAUACAAUUAUCAAAAGCUCUAGCUACUUUAUUGAAGCUCUCUUGAUCUUUCUUUUUAUCUGUAUUGAUCAGUUUCGACUGUUUACAGCUUCUUGAUUAAUAUAUAUGAUCAAGGAUUAGUUUAA